CAGGUUCCGGCCAAUGUCGAUCCUGCUGCUGCUGGGCUGCAGCGGCCUCCGCGGCGCCUCGCCGCUGGCGGUGGCGCACCGCAACGUCAGCUCGGAGGCCGUGUGCGCCGCCGCGACCGACCUGUGCUCUUGCUCGGCGCUCGCGCCCGGGUGCGGCUGGUGCUCGAAGAACGGCAAGUGCGCGCCCGCCGACCGGUGCACGACGACGUGCCGCGAGUGCCCCACGCGGCACGACACCUGCCGCUCGGCCUGCCGGCGCACCUGCGUCGACACGUGCGCGCAGGCCGCCUCGGUCUGCGGCUGCACCGAGCUCGACGGCUGCGGCUGGUGCUCUCAUCGGCAGGUGUGCACGACGUACCCGGAGUGCUCCACCACGUGCGAAGAGUGCGACUCCUCGUGCAGCAACUACAAGCACUGCCAGAAGAAGUGCUACCCUCGCUUUCGCGUGCGGCCGGUGACGGCGCAGGACGGCCUCUUCCCGCUGAGCUCGUCCGACAUCCACACCGCUUUCGCCGUCUUCCUCGCCACCGUCUUCGCCUCCGCGGCGGGCAUCGGCGGCGGCGCGGUGCUCGUGCCCCUCUUCACCCUCAUCGGCGACUUCACCGAGCACGAGGCCAUCCCGCUCGCGCUCGCCACCGUCUUCGGCGCCUCUCUCUUCUCCACCUUCGGCACCUACCUCUGGCUCAAACACCCUCUCGUCCCGCACCGCCACCGGAUCGCGUACGACGUGGUGGUCGUGCUGAUGCCCGCCACACUGAUGGGGACCACCGUCGGGGUCUUCCUCAACAAGAUCUGCCCGAACUGGCUCAUUAUGGUGCUGCUGGUGCUGCUCUGCGCCGUGAUGGGCAAGCGCACCCUCGACAAGGCUCGCAAGGGGUGGGCCAAGGAGAGCCGAGCCAUGUACGAGACGCUGCCGCAGGCAGAGAGAGACGACUCGGGCACGCCGCUCAUCGGCGGCAAGGAGGGCGGCGGC